AGCCACAGCUCGGUGUCUCUCACACACACGAGUUUUUUAUUAUUAUUUAUUAGAGGUCCACAGCUUAAACGUGUCCCACUCGUCGCCAUGUCUGUAUUAUGUUACAAUAAGGGAUGCGGACAGCGGUUUGAUCCAGAAAAGAACCCGGAAGAUGGCUGCACCCAUCAUCCCGGAGUCCCAGUAUUCCACGAUGCAUUGAAGGGAUGGUCCUGCUGCAAAAGAAGAACUACCGACUUCUCAGACUUCCUCAGCAUUGUUGGCUGCACAAAAGGUCCCCACAACAAGGAGAAGCCCCCUGAGCCGGUGAAACCAGAUGUGAGAUCAUUAGGAGAAAAGAGCGACGGAGAUGACCAAAGGCCAAAGUUUAGCGAGUACAUCAUCUCUGCACCGCUGCCUCAGGAGGCGAUACGCAGACCAAGCGCUGAUGAGCCGAUGGUGAGGCUGCAGCACAACGUCUCUCCUUCUCUGAAGCAGGCUCUGGAGAGACUGAAGCUUUCUGAAAAUACGGCGGAGCAGCAAGAGGAAGAUAAAAACGAGCUCAAGAUUGGAACAUCCUGUAAAAAUGCAGGAUGUACUAAAAGAUUCGAUGGACCUGCAAGCGAGUUGGAGGAGUGCUCAUACCACGCCGGAUUUCCUAUCUUCCAUGAAGGGAUGAAAUACUGGAGCUGCUGCAAGAGGAAAACCUGCGACUUUAACACCUUCCUCUCUCAAGAGGGCUGCACCAAGGGGUCACAUCUGUGGAGGAAAAAGGACGAUGGUAAGAAAGUGGUUCCGUGUCGGUUUGACUGGCACCAGACGGGGGCGCAGGUCAUCGUCUCCAUCUAUGCCAAGAACGCCGUCCCGGAGCUGUGCUACGUGGAGGCCAACGGCACCACGCUCGACAUCCAUGUCACAUUUGAGGGAGAGAAGGAAUUUGUGCAGAAAAUCAGCUUGUGGGGAGUGAUAGAUGUGAGCAAAAGCCUCAUAAACAUGAUGGCCGCCAAGAUCGAGCUAAACAUGAAGAAGGCCGAGCCCAUGUUGUGGGCCCGCCUGGACCUUCCACCCCCGGCGCCACCCAAGGAGGAGGAGGAGGAGGAAAAAGAGGAGUCUGAUAGCGAUGAUGAGGUGUAUUGAUGAGGGAUUACAAUACAAACACAAGUGUGUAUUUUUAGCUGAAUCAAAGGCCAUAGAGUCCAUUCCUUACCUCCUUACCUUUGGCCUUUACCUUUUGGACAUUACACUGUUUCCUCUUUCAUUCCUAAUUGUGAACGCUCUUGAUUUUGCCCCAAGUUAUACAUUUGAAUGCUUAAAAUUCUCAAAUUAAUAAAAAUAAAAAAAAUUCUCUGAAGUACUGAAAAAUAACAUUGACGUUGAGCAGAUUUUCAAUGUGACCCGUUAAUUGCGACACAACCACCCAAUAAGAUGGGAGUCAGCUGGGCCCACGCUUGAAGCCUUUAUUUAACACGGUGUGUUCAGGUCAAGUCUUCGUAACGGACCACAUCUGUAUCUGCAAUGUUUGGGAAAAGAUUUGUUCCAUAAAUUGUUUAUGUUUUUGCGUUGAUCGUCCAGCCCUUUAACAGCAAACUGAAUUUUGCAUUCAUAUAUAUAUUUCUGUGUGUGACAAUGAAGCUGCUCUAAGUAGUCGGACAUUCAUCUCUAAGAUGUCCACACCUGUAUAAUAUGGAUAUAUUCUGAGUAAAUAGUUAUAAGGAAUACGAGAGUUCCUUGGGACUCUUAGACUUAAGAAAACGGAGAUGUUCUCUGACGACCCUUUGCUCCUAAUUUGUUUAGUUUUUUACAUGAUUAUACUUAAUGUAUAUUUUGUACUCGUUUUGUCUCUGAACAAUCACUGCUGUAUUUAUCUCCUCAUUUCUUGUCAAAGCAACCGAGCUCCAUUUUUAUAACGAUAAUGUACCGUAAUAUCUGGGAAUGCCAAUUGAAUACAAUGUAUUUUUCUUUCCGCAAAGUAGUCCUAUAUGAGGUGAUGCUAGAUCAGUGGUUCUCAACCCCCCCCCCCCCCCCCCCCAGUAUUAUCAGGUUAGGGGUCGCGACCCCUCGGGGUGUCUAAUCUGCUCCAGGCACUCUGGAUUUUUCCUCUAGGCAAAUAAUUUCACUGAUGCUGGCAAUAAAGUAAAAUAAAAUAAUUUACUGUUAAUAAGUUUUCAUCCACAGCCAUUUGACAACCCCCCCCCCCCACCCACAGAGGUCCAAACACCCAGGUGGAGAACUACGGUGCAAGAUGUCAUUCCUCAAAGGCUAUGAGUGUGAAUUUAAUUUGGAUGAAUGACAUCAUGACGUCCGGGUUAAAAGGAUUUGGGAACCCAAUUUAUUUAACUGAAAAUAAAGUUUUGUGUUGAGCUUUUCAAACCUU